CGGAGGGCCAUGGGCGAGCCGCCUCCGUUACCUCUGACUUUUGAGGAUGUUGCCGUUUAUUUCUCGGAGCAAGAAUGGCAGAAGCUAGAGGCAUGGCAGAAGGAGCUUUACAAGCAUGUGAUGAGAACCAAUUAUGAGAUUCUAGUUUCUCUAGAUGAUGGACUUCCCAAACCAGAACUAAUAUCGUGGAUGGAACAGGGGAGAGAGCUCUUCAGGAAUUGGGGAGAAUCACAGAAAUCAGGAAACAUAAUUUGCUCUUCUGCUGAUUUGCAUUUUGAUCCGGUUAUUGAGGGACAGCUGUUUUGGGUUUCAGGGAGCCAGCAAGCUGUGAAUUCAGGAAAAACUAAAUGCCAUUUCCAGGUGGAUCCUCUUCAGAGCCAGUGUUCCUCUGAACCCUUGUUAGGAAAAAGUGAAGAUAUUUCCUUCAUGCCUGACCAAGGCCUCACCCUCACAAACCCACACAGACAUGAUACAUGUGCUCUAAUUCCAGUAGUUCACAGCUGCAGGGAACCCACCCAAAGAGAAAGAAUCCCAAGUCCCAGAACACUCGGUCUCCCUGGCUUCCAGGAAAUCCCCUCCUGCGAAGCCACCCAGUACCCUUGCCCUGCCUGUGGGGAAAGCUUUUGGAAGAAGAACCACUUAGAGAAGCACCAGAGGAGCCACUUGAAGGACCAGCCACGUAGGGCCUGGAAGAAAUUCAGCAGACAAGCUGAUCCACAGCAUCAGCGGAGCAUCCCUCGGGGACAGAGGCACUUCCGGUGUCAGGAGUGUGGGAGGAGCUUCCGCCUGAAGCAGUAUUUGCUUAGACAUCUGGCCACACACGCAGAGAAGAGCCCCCUGCAGUGCCCUGAAUGUAAAAUCUGCUUCCGUCACAAGCAGGCCCUUCUCAGCCACCACCUCCUGCACAAGGGGGAGAGGCCUCCCCAAUGCCCCACGUGUGACAAAAGCUUUCUCCUGAAGAACAGCAUGCCGGCUCACCAGGGCCACCACAGCGGGGAGGGGCCAGUCUCCUGUAGAGUAGGUGAGGAGGAGGCCGAACUCACCAGUGUGCACUCAGGAGAGAAGCCAGGGCUGUGCCUGGCAUGUGGGGAGCACUGCCACCUGAAGGGGGUCGAGGAGGCUUUCCAGUGUGGCCCCGCCGGGGAAAGACCCUUCGUUUGCACUGAGUGCGGCAAGCGCUUCCCUGCCGGGUCCAGGCUUGCCAGCCACGCGAGGGUGCACACGGGAGAAAAGCCUUUGCAGUGCCCACAGUGUGACAAGAGCUUCCACCUGAGCAGCCUGCUGCAGGUGCACCAGCGUGUGCACAGUGGGGAGAGGCCCUUCUCCUGCAGCGAGUGUGGCAGAGGCUUCACCCACCAGUGCAAGCUGCGUGAGCACCUGCGAGUGCACAGCGGGGAGAGGCCUUUCCAGUGCCCUGAGUGUGACAAGAGCUUCCGCCUGAAGGGCAUUCUGAAGGCCCACCAGCGCACCCACAGCAAGGAGAGGCCAUUCUCCUGUGGGGAGUGUGGCAAGGGCUUUACCAGGCAGUCCAAGCUCACCGAGCACUUUCGCGUGCACAGUGGGGAGAGGCCCUUCCAGUGCCCCGACUGCGACAGGAGCUUCCGCCUGAAGGGGCAGCUGCUUAGUCACCAGCGCCUACACACAGGAGAGAGACCCUUCCAGUGCCCAGACUGCGACAAGAGCUAUCGCGUGAAGGCCGACAUGAAGGCCCACCAGCUGCUGCACAGCGGGGAGAUGCCCUUCUCUUGUGAGUGUGGCAAAGGCUUUGCUAAGCAGUCUAAACUCGUCGAGCACAUCAGGACACACACGGGGGAGAAGCCUUUCCAGUGUCCCAAAUGUAACAAGAGUUUCCGCUUGAAGGCACAGCUGCUCAGCCACCAAGGCCUGCACACAGGGGAGAGACCUUUCCACUGCCCCGAGUGUGAUAAAAACUUCCGGGAAAAGGGACACAUGCUUAGGCACCAGCGCAUACAUAGGCCUGAGAGGCCAUUUGCCUGUGGGGACUGUGGUAAGGGCUUCAUUUAUAAGUCUAAACUGGCUGAACACCUCAGAGUGCACACAAAAUCCUAUAAUGCCCCAAACAAGCCUGACAUUAAGAAAAGGCUUAGCCAGCUGUUUGCAAUGAUCGAGGCCGACUGGAGUUGAGGCCUGGGAAUCCACAGUAGCUGUAGCCAAACGUACUGGCAGACAGAUUUUAGGAACAGGGCCCCUUUUUUGAGCAAGAGUGUUGUACAAGUUAGGAAUAUGAGGAACCACAGGAUUUUCUCAUUUAAAACAUCA